CAGACAGAAGGGAGGAGCCGAUGCGAAUCUGCUGAGGAGACGCCAAAGUCUCCACGUCCCCUCCAUUGCCGGGGAACGAAUUGUUUCCGCCUCUGCUCACGCCUGGCGAAUCUGCAGCGUUCAUUCCAAAGACACUUGAUAGCGCCCCUUCCUCCUUUCACAUUACGGCAAGCGGCUUUCCCCAAUACGGCUUCGCCCCGCCCCGCACGUCCGUGCGUGGGGACGCCAGCGUGGUGGGCGUGGCUCUGGGUCCCGGCUGGGGCCGCUUGGUGCCUCCUCCGGACAGAACCGUGUUCGCCGCUGCUGAAGAGUCGCCGCUGCCCCGGGCUACCUGAGGCCUCCGGUCCCGUUAGGCGGAGCAGCCGCGGCGGAGCCCCGUUCCCCGUAGCGGACUCCGGGGCGCUGAGAGAAGCCGGGCGGGCGCAGGAGGCCGGGUCCGGGCGGACCGGUCAAUGGACCAGCCGGGCCCGGGGCACAACCCGUGGAAGCAGCUGCCCGGCCCCCGGGGGGGCUCCCAAGAUGUCGGCGUGAGGGGGAGGAGGAGACCCCGCCGCUGCCGGGUCCGGGCCGCCGAGCCGAGUGCCGCGGAGCGGAUGGUGCUGCCGCUGCUGCGGGGACACUGAAGCGGCGGCGCCUCGGGCCUCUGCACGUCCCUGUCCCCGUCCCCCUGCCCGGGCCGGCGCGCCCCGGCUCCGCCCGGCGGCACCAUGUCGGCCAAGGUGCGGCUGAAGAUGCUGGAGCAGCUGCUGCUGGACGGGCCGCGGCACAACGAGAGCGCGCUGAGCGUGGAGACCCUGCUGGACCUGAUUGUCGGGCUCUACACCGAGUGCAGCCGCGACUCGCCGCUCCGCAGGGACCGAUACGUCUCCGACUUCCUCGAGUGGGCAAAACCAUUUACACAAUUGGUGAAGGAAAUGCAACUUCAUCGAGAUGACUUUGAAAUUAUAAAAGUAAUUGGAAGAGGUGCAUUUGGCGAGGUUGCGGUUGUUAAAAUGAAGAGCACAGAACGCAUUUAUGCAAUGAAAAUUCUAAAUAAAUGGGAAAUGCUUAAAAGGGCAGAGACAGCUUGUUUCCGAGAAGAGAGAAAUGUUUUGGUGAAUGGAGAUUGUCAGUGGAUUACUACAUUGCACUAUGCCUUUCAGGAUGAGAACUAUUUGUAUUUAGUAAUGGACUACUAUGUGGGUGGUGAUUUGCUGACACUUCUCAGUAAGUUUGAAGACAAGCUUCCUGAAGAUAUGGCCAAAUUCUACAUCGCUGAAAUGGUGCUUGCUAUACAUUCCAUUCAUCAGCUGCAUUAUGUGCACAGGGACAUAAAGCCUGAUAACGUUCUUUUGGACAUGAAUGGCCAUAUACGCCUGGCAGACUUUGGAUCAUGCUUGAAGAUGAGUGACGAUGGCACUGUACAAUCUUCAGUGGCAGUGGGUACGCCUGACUACAUCUCUCCUGAGAUACUGCAAGCAAUGGAAGAUGGCAUGGGAAAAUAUGGACCUGAAUGUGACUGGUGGUCUCUUGGUGUCUGUAUGUACGAAAUGCUGUAUGGUGAAACACCCUUUUAUGCAGAAUCAUUAGUGGAAACCUAUGGGAAGAUUAUGAAUCAUGAAGAACGAUUUCAGUUUCCAUCCCAUGUGACAGAUGUAUCUGAAGAAGCAAAAGACCUUAUUCAGCGACUUAUCUGUAGUAGGGAACGUCGACUAGGACAGAAUGGAAUAGAGGAUUUCAAGUCACAUGCAUUUUUUAAAGGACUUAAUUGGGAUAAUAUUCGAAACCUAGAAGCACCUUAUAUUCCAGAUGUUAGCAGUCCUUCUGACACAUCAAACUUUGAUGUAGAUGAUGAUGUAUUGAGGAAUCCUGAAAUCGUGCCACCAGGUUCUCAUACUGGCUUUUCUGGAUUACAUUUACCUUUUGUUGGGUUUACAUAUACAACUGACAGCUUAUUUUCUGAUAGAGGCUCUUUAAGGAGUGUAAUGCAGUCCGGUGCUGUAACCGGAGAUAUGGAGAUCAGCUUGCAAAUAGAAGCUUAUGAAAAGAGAAUACGAAAACUGGAGGAAGAAAAACUGGAUUUGUACAGAAAACUGCAAAAAUCUCCUGUGCCGGAUCCAGCUCAUGAUGAAAUCAAGAAGCUAACUGAAGAAAUUGAACAUUUAAACAACAAAAUAGCAGAUUUAAAUAGGAUAGAACGACAGCAUCACCAAGAAAAUGAAGACUCCACACACAGGAUAAAAGGACUUGAAAAGCAGUACAGAACAAUAAGGCAAGAGAAGGAGGACCUUCAUAAGCAACUUGUGGAAGUUUCAGAAAGAUUAAAGGCACAGUCCAAAGAACUGAAGGAUGCCCAUCAGCAAAGAAAGCUAGCUAUGCAGGAGUUUUCAGAGCUGAAUGAGAGAAUGGUAGACUUGCGCUCUCAGAAACAGAAGUUCUCCCGACAGCUUCGUGACAAAGAGGAAGAGAUGGAAGUGAUUUUGCAGAAAAUUGAUUCUAUGAGACAGGAAAUUCGUAAAUCUGAGAGAGCCAGAAAAGAGCUGGAAGCUCAACUUGAGGAUGCCACCGCAGAAGCAUCAAAGGAACGCAAGCUUCGUGAGCACAGUGAGAUUUUCUCCAAGCAGCUGGAAAAUGAACUGGAAGCACUAAAGCUAAAGCAAGGAGGCCGUGCAGCAGGUGCCACGUUAGAACAUCAGCAGGAGCUUUCCAAAAUGAAGUCCGAGCUAGAGAAGAAAAUCUUAUUCUAUGAAGAAGAGUUAGUCAGGCGAGAGGCAUCCCAUGUCUUGGAAGUAAAAAAUAUAAAAAAGGAGGUGCAUGAUUCAGAAAGCCAUCAGCUAGCACUGCAGAAAGAGAUCAUGAUGCUAAAAGAUAAAUUGGAAAAGGCAAAACGAGAGCGGCACAACGAGAUGGAGGAAACUGUAGGAACAAUAAAAGAGAAAUAUGAACGGGAAAGAACCAUGUUCUUUGAAGAUAACAAAAAGUUAACAACAGAAAAUGAAAAGCUUUGUUCCUUUGUGGAUAAAUUAACAGCACAAAACAGGCAGCUAGAAGAUGAGCUCCAAGACCUCGCAGCAAAGAAGGAAUCGGUUGCUCAUUGGGAAGCUCAGAUUGCAGAAAUUAUUCAGUGGGUAAGUGAUGAGAAGGACGCACGUGGAUAUCUUCAGGCUUUAGCUUCCAAGAUGACAGAAGAAUUAGAGUCAUUGAGAAUCUCUAGUCUGGGCUCAAGAACAUUGGAUCCACUUUGGAAACUGCGACGCAGUCAGAAGCUGGAUAUGUCAGCAAGGCUGGAACUGCAGUCUGCUCUGGAUGCAGAAAUACGUGCCAAACAGCUAAUUCAAGAAGAGUUACGAAAGGUUAAAGAUGCAAACAUAUCCUUUGAGAGUCAGCUGAAGAAAUCUGAAGCAAAAAAUCAGGAACUGUUGGAAGAAAUGGAGGGAUUGAAGAAAAAGCUGGAAGAAAAAUACAGAACAGAUACAGGUCUCAAACUUCCAGACUUUCAAGAUUCAAUUUUUGAAUAUUUCAACACUUCACCUCUUGCACGCGAUCUGACUUUUAGAACAAGUUCUAUUAGCGAGCAGGAAACACAAGGUCCUAAACCAGAAGUCUCACCAUCCACUUCUGUUAUGACUACAGAACAGCAGCAAGAAGAACCAAUACGGCUUCAGAGGAUGCCUGCUGUUCCCUCCCCUACCAUUCAGUCCAUUUCUCUAGCUGUACCAAAGCCUAAAGCUCACCAACUCAAUAUCAAGUCCUUUUCAAGCCCUACUCAGUGCAGUCACUGCACAUCUCUCAUGGUGGGAUUAGUUCGACAAGGCUAUGCCUGUGAUGUGUGUUCAUUUGCAUGCCAUGUUUCCUGCAAGGACAGUGCGCCUCAAGUCUGUCCUAUACCCCCUGAGCAAGCCAAAAGGCCUCUCGGAGUAGAUGUGCAAAGAGGGAUAGGAAUGGCGUACAAAGGUUAUGUUAAGGUUCCAAAGCCUACAGGAGUUAAGAAGGGGUGGCAGAGGGCCUAUGCAGUUGUCUGUGACUGCAAACUAUUUCUAUAUGAUGUGCCUGAAGGAAAAUCCACCCAGCCUGGAGUUGUUGCAAGUCAGGUGUUGGAUCUCAGAGAUGAAGAUUUUUGUGUGAACUCUGUCCUAGCAUCAGAUGUCAUACAUGCAACCCGUAAAGACAUCCCUUGUAUAUUCAGGGUGACAGCUUCUCUCUUAGGCUUCCCUUCAAAGACCUGUUCACUACUAAUCCUGACAGAAAAUGAGAAUGAAAAGAGAAAAUGGGUUGGAAUCCUGGAGGGGUUGCAAUCUAUCCUGCACAAAAACAGACUUAAAAACCAAGUUGUACAUAUUCCACAAGAAGCCUAUGACAGUACACUGCCUCUUAUUAAAACAAGUUUAGCUGCUGCUAUUGUAGAUCGAGAUAGAAUAGCAAUUGGUUCAGAAGAAGGACUGUAUGUGGUAGAGGUGACCCGUGAUGUGAUAGUCCGAGUUGCUGACUGUAAGAAGGUGUACCAGAUUGAGCUUGCUCCCAAAGAGAAAAUUAUUAUCCUCAUCUGUGGCAGGAACCAUCAUGUUCACCUGUACCCGUGGGCAUCCCUGGAUGGAUCAGAAAGCAACUUUGACGUGAAACUUCCAGAAACUAAAGGCUGCCAGUUGAUUGUAACUGGAACACUGAAGAAAAGCUCUUUGACUUGUUUGUUUGUGGCAGUCAAACGACAAGUUCUUUGUUAUGAAAUUCAGAGAACUAAACCUUUCCAUAAAAAAUUCACUGAAAUUCAGGCUCCAGGAAAUGUACAGUGGAUGGCAGUGUUCAAGGACAAGCUUUGUGUUGGCUACCAGUCUGGGUUCUCUCUGUUGAACAUCCAGGGAGAUGGACAAUCUAUAAACCUGGUAAAUCCUAAUGACCCCUCGCUUAUGUUCCUCUCACAGCAGUCUUUUGAUGCCCUUUGUGCUGUGGAACUCAGUAAUGAGGAAUACCUGCUUUGCUUCAGCCAUAUGGGAGUGUACGUCGAUUCACAAGGUCGAAGGUCACGCAUGCAGGAACUAAUGUGGCCUGCAACUCCUGUUGCCUGUAGUUGCAAUUCUUCCUAUGUUACAGUGUACAGUGAAUAUGGUGUUGAUGUCUUUGAUGUUAACACUAUGGAAUGGGUUCAGACAAUUGGCCUACGAAGGAUCAGACCAUUAAAUGUGGAGGGCACACUGAAUCUCCUUAAUUGUGAACCUCCACGACUUAUAUAUUUCAAGAACAAGUUUUCAGGAGCUGUCCUCAGUGUGCCAGAAACUUCUGAUAACAGCAAAAAGCAAAUGCUUCGAACCAGAAGUAAAAGAAGAUUUGUCUUCAAGGUUCCUGAGGAAGAGAGAUUACAACAAAGACGAGAGAUGCUGAGAGACCCUGAACUAAGAUCAAAAAUGAUUUCUAACCCAACAAAUUUCAACCAUGUGGCUCAUAUGGGACCAGGAGAUGGAAUGCAAGUUCUCAUGGAUCUCCCACUGAGUGUCUUACCUUCCGCCCAAGAUGAAAAAGCAUGUCCCCCCACAGCCAACCCUUCACGGCAGCAGCAGAGAAGCAAAACCUACAUUUCAUGGCCCUCAUCAAGUGGUGGUGAUUUGGGAGUAGCCGUGCCUCUGAGAAGUAUGUCCGACACUGACCAGGAGUUCGACAAAGAGCCUGAUUCAGAUUCUACCAAACACUCUACUCCCUCUAACAGCUCAAAUCCAAGCGGUCCCCCAAGUCCCAAUUCUCCACAUAGGAAUCAGCUUACACUAGAUGGACUGGAUCAGUCGACCUGUGAUGCAUAAUACUACAGCUCCUACCGUUCCAGCUUCGAUCAUUCACUACUCCGUGGAGUAUUCGAGAGCAAGGCAAAGCUGUCUCCAAUGCUAGUGCCAAGACUGAUGCUAAAUCUCUAGUGUUGCACAAGAAUAAUUAUAUAUCCAGAUUGUAGAUACAAAAUAUUGAGAUGAAGAAAAAUCCUUUACUACAAUAGUGAUCAAGCUUUUUAUGCAAAAUUGUUCACUGUUAAGUUAUGGUUGAUUCAUUCAUUUUAUUUCUGCACAGCUAUCACAGUUUCAUUGCAUAGUAGGAUUAAAGGCCACCAGUAAAUAGUCUGAUUCUUAUGCUGAAAAAGAAAUAGAGAAGAGGUACUGAUAGUGUUACUACUAAGCAGUAUCAGAAAUAUUAUUUUUCUAUAGAAUGAUGUAAUGUCUCAUUAGCAGGAAAUCCUUUUAGACAGAAUUUGGACCUCUGAAUAGGAAAUACAAGCAGGUUGAGUUACAUCCUCAGAUAAAUAUACUUUUCCCUUUUUCCUGUAGCUGUUUCCUAAGUCUUUAGGGGAAUGAUAGGAAGCUAUAGGUUGUUCCCAGCAUCAACAGAAUCAUCAGGAAGUCAAAUGAAAGUUGGUGAUAGUUUUGUGGCCUUUUAACUCAUUUAGCCAUUACAUUUCAGCUGCGUAACUGUCUUUCUAUCUUUCUACCAACUUUUUAGUCUUGUACAUAGGACUAUUACCAGUAACGUUUUACUCUUACCCUGCUUUUUAGUCCUUAUCAUUCAUGAUCAUUAGUCAGGGCUUUUAAGACAUCAGUAAAUAAUGCUGUGAAAACAAAUUUUACUCUUAGUUCCUGCUAUCCUCUUCUGAGAUGUAGUUUCCCUUGGUUUUUCGGUGUAAAAUACACUACAUUUUUUUUAGCUAGCAAGCAUUCUUGCAGGAACACUACCCUUGAAGUCUGCUUGAACUAAGUGACUGUAUUAUACUAAAACAUCAGUCUAUUUUAUUGGUAACCAAAGUGGAACAUGAAGGAUGUGUAAGCGAGGGUGCUGCUUUUUCAUUAAUUGUAUCCUCACAUGCAUGAAGACCCCAUGAUUAUUAAUCAAGUAUUGAUCAUGGAGAAAGAUGCACAACACACUCCUGUAUAUUUUGCUAUGGCCCACGUCCAGUGGUGAUGUCUUGCGUGUAUAUUUAAUCUCAUGCUUCCAUGUAUUAUACAUUUAGUAAUCAAAGAUUUGUGACCAUGUUUCAUUAAAAGCUUGUAAUUAAUUCAGUGGCUGGCAUAUCCAGUUUGUCAUUGUCACACUAGUGUGCCUUCUGUGCCAAUUUUAUGACAGUUGGAUGUCACUUAUUUAAAAUUUGGUUUAAAUGGGCUAAUGAUAAUAUACCAAUGGCUAAUGUUCUUUUCUGAAACACUGUAUAGGACGUGCACUUAUAUUUAGUUUAAACGGAGUGUUCUAGUCAACAUUUAAUCCUGUUACAUUAAGUGUUUGACAGUACUUGCUCUUUUUUCUCAGACUAUUGAUAAAGGGGGCUCAAUUAGAGCUGGACACUACUGCUUUUGGGGUUUUCUGGUUUUUACUUUUUUAAUGUAAGUCUAAGUCUUUGUAAUUAUUGAAUUGUGAAAACAUUUUUGAACAAUUUACCUGUCAAUAAAGCAGAAGAGGGAGGUUUUAAAGUU